AUGUUUGUUUUCAACAACAAAUCAUACAUCAGCACCCAGCCCAUCAGUCGGGAAAACUGGUAUCAGCAUACUAAAUGGCUCAACGCCCUUUUGGUUCUGAUCAUCCCCCUCGCCGCGUUCGCUAUUAUCUACUACUUUGUGCCCAGCAUCACACCUCACUGUUCUUAUAAGGCCGGCUUUCAUCUCAGAGUCUAUCUGGCUGCUGUGGUUACUGGUGCUGUAGAGGGCUCCAUAUACCGUUGGUCUCGUAAAUAUCGGGCCCAUCACCGUUGCACCGGCACAGUCAAGGAUACUCACUCUUUCCAAAAAAGCUUUCUCUACAGCCAUCUUGUUUGGAUGAUCAUGAAGCAAGGCCCGAAGUGCACUGGCCGUACCGAUAUCAGCGACCUGAACGAGGACCCGGUUCUCAUGAGGCACCAUAUCCACUACCUGAAGUGCCUCGUCGUCAUGGCCAUUCUUUUCCCAAUCAUGGUCUGUGUGGCGUCUUUCGAUGCUCUUUUGUUCAACAGGGAACCUUUUGCAUUAAUUCAGUUGCGCAUUGGCUUGAUGACCAGUCUUUCGACGAUCGCAGAUUGCCUCGCCGCCCAUGUUGUCACAGCACUCAUUACUCUUGGCAAGGGCUACCAUAACUUCCACCACGAGUUCCCUUCUAAUUAUCACAACGCUUUUGAUUGGUAUCAACACGACCCUAGUAAAUGGAUGAUAUGGGUAUGGAGGCCUUGCCUCCAAUCUCAGGCAUUCGGCGCCAACAAGAUCGAAAAGGGACCGGUUCAAAUGAGCCAGAAACAGCUCGAUAUUGCCGGAUUUAAGACGGAAUGGGAUCUUCCCCUCGAGCAAUUAUCAGUUAUUGACUGGGGCGAUUGCAGCGCUUUGCACGCAAGUUUGCCGCAUCUAGGAGUUAUAGGAGAAAAUUGCUUGUAG